UACGCGCGUGUAGUAAGACUAUUGAGUGAUUAACUCACAGCAUGAGUUGCUAAGUGUGGUUUUAAAAAGAGGAGGAUCAGUAAUAAUUGACUAAGAGACGCAAUAAGCAGAGUUCAUAGGUCAAUUGCAAGAAAUAUUGUGUUCGCGCAUGCGCAUUGUGAUGUGGAAUAAAAGUGAAAAAUAAUUGCACAGAGAUGAUCGUGAUAUAUUGGAGGAUAUAAUAAAGCAAUAAAUAUUAGAAAAAGGACAUUUACUGUUAAAUUCUUAAGCUUUAUAUAGUCAAAACAAAUCUAUUAAGUUCCGUGUGUGUUUUCAUGAAAUAAUCAAUUUAAAUUGAAUAUGAGCUAUACUCUUCUACCACCCAACGCACACUUUGCACGCUCUUCCUGUGCACCACCUCGCAUUCAAUUGCACAUCCUAUGCGGUUUUGUGUCGGGCUUUCUCAUGGCACUUUGUACGCUAUUACUAUACAAUCAUUACCAAAUAGAAACAGUGCAACAACGUCAGCAUACCACCGCGAGCACAUAUUGGCAAACGGGUUAUAUGAUGGCCUUGCAAGAGGUGGCGACCGAGGCCGAUUCGUUGCAACAACAGCUCGGCGAGAGGGUGCGUGUCCUAUGUAUGGUGUUAACAUCACCCGAUCAGCAUGCGAGUCAUGCCAAACAUGUCAAAGCUACUUGGGGCAAGCGUUGCACGCGUUUGAUAUUUCUCAGUAGCGAAGCGGAUGAAGAGUUGGGCGCAGUGGCUGUUGUGGAACGUGAAGCGGAUAACUAUGAUGAUUUGUGGAAUAAGACACGCGAAGGUUUCCGCUAUGCUUACGAGCAGUAUUAUGACGAUUACGAUUGGUUCGUCAAGGCAGACGAUGAUACAUACAUGGUUAUGGAGAACUUACGAUAUAUGCUAUAUGCAUAUCAACCGGAGAUACCAAUCUAUUUCGGCUAUCAGUUGGUGCGUUAUGAUGUGCCAUACAUGUCCGGUGGUGCCGCCUACGUUUUGAGCAAAGAAGCCCUGCGACGUUUUAUGACCACAGCCUUCCACAACUCCACACUCUGCCCGCGCGCACAAAAAUUUGGCAUUGAGGAUUUUUACAUGGGUGUUUGUUUGCAAAAUGUUGGCGUACAUCUCGCUGAUGCACGAUUCGCAUUGAGCGCUGCUGAUAAUAAACCGAAAUUUAUGCCACUUGACCUGCACACCUACAUGAGCACAGACAACGCCACACAGCUCUCGGAGUGGCUGCUCACAAUGACGCCGUACGCAGUUGAGAGUGGCUUAAACUGUUGUUCCAACUACUCGAUUGCCUUCCACUAUACCAGUCCCUGGCGCAUGUAUAUGUAUGAGUUCUUCAUUUAUCAUUUUCGUGCUUUUGGCGUUCAGCAUCACGCGAAGUCUCUACCAGCCAAAUUGUCGCUGGCGGAGGUGACACGCUUGUUUCCCAGUAAUUACAGCGAUUAUGGCAAGCCGUUGGUGGAUUUGGAUGCACGAAAUCGGCCGGAUAAUUUUUAAGUACCAUAAUUUUGAAAUGUGAUAUUAAUGAAGUUUUUAUGAAUUCUAUU